AUUUGUUUCUCCAGCAUAGCAAAUGAAAUCUGGUGCAUUUGCAGGAGUCUGUUGUCGGCAUCAUUUUCAUGCUUUGCUUGAUUGAUCUGGGCUCUCAAGGUCUCCCGUGAUCAUCCUCAGUGGCGUUAAAUCUUGUCCGUAGCCUCUGUGCCUCUGUCUCAAUUGUUAGACAUUAACAUUGCAUGAAGUCGCAGUUUAGUGAGUCCCUGGGUUGCAGUACUCUCCCUCCCCGGUGCUACAGGAAUCUCUAUUGUGUGUCAGGAAUCAGGAUGUGACUGAAGGCGCAAGAUACAUAACUGCGUGGUAUAGAGAAGCUUCCCAGGCAGGAGGGGAGCUCAGAGGACGAGUCUAACCAGCAGCAGGACAGCGUAUUGGAUCGCGCAGGAACACUGAAUGAUAUGCACUUUUCCAAACGAUUUAUCGGUUACCCAGAAAUUUCCAAGUGCAGCAGACAAGAUUAUAAAGCUGAUGACUGCAAAUCAACCAAUUAGAGUUUAUGUAGACUAUGGGUCAGCGUUAAACUGCACUCCAAUGGCAGCGUUCUAACAAACUGUCAUGGGUUUAAUCACUGCUUUGCAUACAUGGAAAGAAAUAGCCUAAGGGUUCUGUGUAGCUGCAUAUGACACUGACCUCCGAAAAUGAGUAUUCCAUUAGCUCCAAGCAAGGAUUGUUGCACUGAAAAGGAAGACAAUAGCAAUGAAGACAGAAAUGACAAUGAAAGUGUCACUAGCUUAGGCGAUUCUAAUGCCAAUCAAAUUUUCUCAACAAAGACGCUGGAGAGAAAGGAUGAGAUAUGUAGCAGAGUGGAUCAAACUGGAACAUUGUGUGCCAAGCAGUCAGAGACCUUCAUGCAGUUGAGCAAGGAACACAGUAGGUCAGAUCAUAUCGGUCACGUGUUUCCAUCUAGUGAACGAACGUUUAGCGACGUAAGACUACAUUCUCCAACAAACAGGGACAUCAGCAAAACUUACAUGACUGAUGAUGUAAAGGACAGUAUAAAAUCUUCUAGUACUAAUGGACAAUCCCCUAUAAAUUCAAAAGCCAGUUUAUAUGAUAGAAACUCCCAGGUUCCCAUCAGCAAAACACAUGAAUCUUCUACAUGUAUUUAUAGUAAUAAUGUUGGUAACAUAACACAAGGUGAACGUUCUAAGGUAAAACCAGGUAUUCCUUCCCAUAAAGUAGAACCUUUUAUAAAAGAACAUAUUUCGCCUACACCAUCUACAGAUUCACCUCCUAGAUUCUUGCAAUAUGUUGAUGCAUCCUAUUGUGGGAUCAGGACCAUGGACAGAUCUUCGCCAGCUGACCAUUUGUUUGGACUAUCCUCUCAUCAUCUCAGUAAUACCUCAGAGGAAAAAAAGAUUGUAUAUUAUUCCAAACCACCUACCUCAAACAUCACUGGCCCUGAUUUUUCAACGGGUGAUGGAACCUCAACCCAUGUCAAGCAAAGCACAUUGUCACAUCCUACAAAUGCCGACGAUCACUCUCGUUUAAUUUACAAACCUCAGGUAAUUUAUAACGUACCAGAAGCACAAUUAUAUCAGGGUCAAAUAAGCAACUCGCCAGAACCGAAAGAUCCCAAGAUUCUACAGUCUAAGUUGACAUCUCCACAAAAACUAGAACAGAUAACUUUGGUUGUCGUGACUGAAUCCAAAAGAGUGGACAGCAUGCUUGAUACCAGAAGAUUUCCUCUGUCUCCUCCCUGUGGCCAGGCAGUGAUGUCACCUUCGAGCCAAGUUGAAAAGCAAGGUGGGACAUUUCUAUCCACUAGUCCUUCCAAUUCCAGGUUGCACGAUUUUAAAGCUGAUGUAUCUUACAAUGAAGCAAAAGCCCAUUUCUCUCAGGUCUGGGAAACUCCAGCUGGUCAAGAACUGGAAUUCUUAAAAAACAAAGAGUCAAGUUACAAGCCUAUGAUCAGAAAAACAACAUCACUCACCGACUCUGUGGAUAAGAUACACGCAAAUAAAGACAGAUUUUCAGUACAAGAUUAUAUCUGUCAGGACAGUGAUAAUAAUUUUCUUUCAAGCAGCAGUGUGGCUUCCUUACGAGAUAAAAGUGCUUUAGUUGACAGCAAAAAGACAUCACUUGGUCGCAAAAAUCCGUUGGAUGUUUUAAAAGGCAGUAUGAAAGAAAGCCACAAAGACCCAGCUGACUUAGUUUUAUUUGCUCCUACUCUAUCGUGCCCAAGGGUGGCUGUUAAUAUUAAUGAUCAAUGCAUUGCCUCACCGAACAGAUAUAAGGAUCUUAGUGCUGCUCAUGUUGAUAGAUUGUCACCUUCUUCAGUGCUACCUCCUAUUGAGAGUACACAGUUCAACAUAUCACCUAAAGCUACAAACAAGACACUUUGUAACAGUGGAAUCCCCAAACCAAUACUGGUGCACUCCAAAUCUUCCCCUACAAACCAGGAUGACACAGAAAUAAAUCAUAAUGUCAAAAUAGAGGAGGCGAUUGGACCUGCACUCAUUGCUCCUAAACCCAAGCAUGUGCGGCCUAAAAUUAUUACCUACAUUAGAAGGAACCCUCAAGCCAUUGACAGAUUGCCAUUUGGACAAAUGAGCAUGCCUUACGGGUCCUCAUCUUGUACUGUUCCUCUUCCAAAGGAACAUGAUUUAUUGAGUAGCGACAUUAAACCCUCAAAUGUGUUGUUAGAUAAGUACAAAGCUGACAUACACAAACCAAGGAUAUACAGUGCUGGAUUGAUGGUAUCUGGGAUAAGGCCCCCCGGACAUCACUCAUUAGAGGAGACAGGUGAACGGCAGAGAAAAGAUGACUUCUGUUCCUCCACGUUUCCUCAUUACGAAGUCCCACCCAGCUUCUACAGAUCCACCAUGAUCCUGAGACCACAGCUUGGAUUGGGGGCUGUCUCCAGAUUACCAGCGACGAAGGGCAGAUUAUUAAUUGCAAGUCAGCGCUCCUCAAGUUCCUCUAUACCUCAGCAGGAACCAGUGUCUUCUGCUGGAACUGCCAACAGCUCAGAUACUGCAGAAGAUCUUAAGAAAAGCUCCAUUCCAAAUGGCGCAAAGUCAAAUCUUCCGAAGCCUUGCCAGUCUGUCCUCCGUCACCCCGGCUACUCCAGAUUGCCUGCCGCUAAGCUUGCCGCCUUUGGUUUUGUCCGAAGUUCAAGUGUGUCGUCGCUCUCAAGUAACCAGUCCACUGAGAGUAUACAAAGUGAUCAUAACAGGACAACUAACACUGGCACAAGCUUCACAAAUGAAGAGCAUCCUACUCAAAAUACAGUCUUACCAUCAAAGGAGAUCCCCAAGGGUACGACUAGGACAAUUCUGGAAGUGUGUAGCAGCACAAACGCGCCCCGCAGGAGUUUACUUCCAGCAAAGAAAACAAGCACAUCACCUGCUGGGUUAAAGAAAGAAAUCCCAAAAGAUCAGGAAGUAAUUAAGCCAGCAGUCGCAUCACCAAAAAAACAAGUCACCCGUCUACACUCACCAGGACACCCCAAGCUGAAACCAACCAUUGCAAAGAACGGCUAUGCAGCCAAGUCAGAGGUUCAGAGCCGGGACGCAGAUCGGCAGAUUGUACAGAGAUUGAAGGAGAAAUACGAGGAACAGACUAAGGAACUUGUUUGUGUCCGAGAGGAAUUUAAGAAAGCGAGUUGUGGCUUUGUAGUUUUUGCCGUCACAACACAAUACUUCUUUAAUAAGAAUGAAACCGGUCUUAUAAAAGAAAGAGAACUAUCACUUGAACUUGCAACAAUCAGAGAUGAAGUGGCCUUUAACACAGCGAGGUGCGAGAAAUUACAAAAAGAGAAGGAGGAGCUGGAAAUUAAGUUUGAUAAUGAAGUGAAGAAGCUUGAGAAACAUCAGCAAGAAGAACUGCAGGCUUUGAAGGAGCGGUUACAGCUGCAGUACGAUGGGGAAAUUGAGUGUAUGCGUCAGGAACAGUGUGUCCAUAUGCUGGGGAUCCGAGCUCAACACCAGGAGCAGAUUGAAGAUAUGGCUGCAACUCAUGAGGCUUCUGUGACGCAGAUAAAGAAUAGCCAUUCAUCCGCCAUCACUGCAAUCCACCGGGACCACGAGAAAAGCUUUCGCAAGCUGAAGGAGAGUCAUGUGCUUGAGAAGAACAUGUUAGAGGAUGGCUUUGAAAAGCUGCGCUUGUCAUUACAGGACCAGGUUGACACCUUGACGUUCCAGAACCAUACACUAAGGGAGCGGGCAAAGAUGUUUGAAGAGGCUUUAAUGAAGAGCACUAAUGAACAAUUAGAGAUUGCUCUGGCUCCGUACCGGCACUUAGAUGAGGACCUGAUCAGUGUUAAACAAAUCUUAGAGAUGAAAAACCAGUUAAUCCAUCAGCAGGAGAAGAGGAUAAUGGAACUGGAGAAACUGGCUGAAGUAAAUGUUAUCCUGGAGGAAAGGAUCCAGGUUCUCCAGCAGCAGAAUGAAGACAUGAGGGCCCGCAUCGAUCAGAACGUUCAGGUCACCAGGCAAUUAUCUGUUGAAAACGCCACUCUACACGAGAGCGUGGAAAAAGAGAGCAAGGAGAAAAAAAGAUUAAGUCGAACCAAUGAAGAACUGGUUUGGAAACUCCAGACUGCAGAGUCCAUGAGUCCGAUAAAGCAUCCGUCAUCUCCCAUUAACCGCUCAUCAUCUUCAAGUCCCCUAUCGCCCUCUAAAGUCGGUACGGCUCAGAGAUGACACAUCAGCAGUCAUUAGACAGUUUCUUUUCCCACGCGGAUUAUUUUUCAAAUGCACUUGCUGUAAGCAGUCCUCAGAGACGUGUGGCCACAUGUGAAAGCCGACGUACGUUUCGGUACACUAGAUAUAACAUAAGCACCUCCUGUCUUUCAUAUGAACUUCAAGCCAAGGAAACAAAAACAUUCCACUGAUAGAAUUACUCAAAUACAGAAGCCGCAUCAAUACUUCAGGUUACAUACAGUCCAAUAUGCUGGGGUUAUAUAUACAGCAUGUGUAUUGUACACAUGAUUGCACACACUUUACAGGUUAAUUUGUACAUAAAGAUGCUAAUAUGUACAUAUGAAAUGGAAAUUUUAUGUUUUUCCUCUUUUUUUAUGUUUUGCUUUUUGGAUAAUUGCUGAUGUGUUUGAUCAGCUGUUUUCUAACCCGUGCCUAUGUCUUCUACCUAAAUGGGACAUGUUCUGUCCAUCCUAUUUGUACUGCUUAUUAUAACAAGGUAACACUGAUCUAUACAGACUUUAAAAAAAAAAGCGCCUUCCAAAUGGUACCACACAAACACCAGCUCUAUCCCGUUAUUAAAGAACAUUGCCGUCUACGCAAUAAUCCAAUGCUUCGCUCGCAUGUCAGGCCUUUUGUUUCCUGUGUGUGGUUUGUAACAAGGCUCAGCGUGGAUGUUUGUCUUCUUUUGGACUUAACAUUGGUGAAAUUUAGGCUUUCAUUACAUGACCAUCGGGGGCGCUGUGCUUUUGUUUAAACAUGAACCAGAAUGAGACAAGCCAGAUUUCUGAUGUACAUACGUUGGAUUUUACAAUACCUGCAAACCUUCAGUGACUCCUCUUCCAACACCGCCUGGAUCAUUCAACAGAGAUGUCAUGUUCCCAUCGGCUUGGAACCUAUUACACUGUAUUUAUGAAAACAUUGGUGUGUUAGACCUAGAUCCUAAUUAAUCUUCCAUGUUACCCUUCUUUGUUUAAGAAAAUACACUGUUUACAUGAUAGAUCGUUUUUUUUCCUGUACAUUUUGUAACGCACAUGUGAAUAUAGGAUUCUGCCUGCAGACAAGCACCUAAUUUAUAGUUUAUAUUGGGAACCUGUUUGGUUUUAUAGGUCAGCAAUGCCACAUGAAAAUAAAUAGAAGCUCGGUAGAAAUAUUUAUUUUGGAAUGUAAUGAACCUUAUUGCGAGUUAUGUGUACUUUUGUACUUGUACGUUAUUUAAUUAGCCAUGUCUUCAUAGACUUGCUGACACUUGGUAUUCACCUUCUCCACUGUGAAAUAUGCUGCAGGAAUCAUAUACUGAAGUUCUAAGAAUACAGCCGCCUUUGGGAUAUGAUGGUGAAGCCAGACCCAGCAGAAUAAUAGUGCAAAGCAAACAUUGAGUGUUUCAGAUGUGUUUUUGUAAUGGCAGAAAAAGAACAAGUGCAACUUGCUGAUAAUCAUUUUAAUUCAUAAUUCAACAAAAAUAAAAUGAUUUCCUUAUAGGUACUCCAAUACCUUAUAAGAUCUCUAAUCUAUAAUGAUGAAAUCUACUGGUAUAUCCAAUAACAUCCUGAUUCAAAGCUCCUCCUGUUUUUGAAACUGUAUAUAAGACAAAGAACUCUUGAAAGUCAUUUAGAGAAGAGAAUUUAUUUUUCCUAUUGGCCAAGCUCCCCCCAUCCCGGCACAUCUGCAUGCUUCCAUGACCCUACAGCCAAGUUCCCCUCCAUCCCGGCACAUCUGCACGCUUCCAUGACCCUACAGCCAAGCUCCCCACCAUCUCGGCAUAGAUGCACGCUUCCAUGACCCUACAGCCAAGCUCCCCACCAUCCCGGCACAGCUGCACGCUUCCAUGACCCUACAGCCAAGUUUCCCUCCAUCCCGGCACAUCUGCACGCUUCCAUGACACUGCCUCCCCACCAUCCCGGCACAGCUGCACACUUCCAUGACACUGCAGCCAAGCUUCCAACCAUCCCGAAAGAGCUGCACGCUUCCAUGACAUUGCAGCUAAGUUCCCCGCCAUCCCGGCAGAGCUGCACACUUCCAUGACACUGCAGCCAAGCUCCCUGCCAUCCCAGCACAGCUGCACGCUUCCAUGACACUGAAGCCAAACUUCCAGCCAUCCCAGCACAGCUGCACGCCUUCAUGACACUACAGCCAAGCUCUCCACCGUCCUGGCACAGCUGCACGCUUCCAUGACACUGCAGCCAAGUUCCCCGCCAUCCCAGUACAGCUGCGUGCUUCCAUGACAUUGAAGCCAAGCGUCCAGCCAUCCCGGCACAGCUGCACGCCUCCAUGAUACUACAGCCAUGCUCUCCACCAUCCUGGCACAGCUGCACGCUUCCAUGACACCAGCCAAGUUCCCCGCCAUCCUGGCACAGCUGCACGCUUCCAUUACACUGCAGCCAAGUCCCCGCCAUCCUGGCACAGUUGCACGCUUCCAUAACACUGCAGCCAAGUCCCCACAUCCUGGCACAGCUGCACGCUUCCAUGACACUGCAGCCAAGUUCCCCGCCAUCCUGGCACAGCUGCACGCUUCCAUAACACUGCAGCCAAGUCCCCACAUCCUGGCACAGCUGCACGCUUCCAUAACACUGCAGCCAAGUCCCCACAUCCUGGCACAGCUGCACGCUUCCAUGACACUGCAGCCAAGUCCCCGCCAUCCUGGCACAGCUGCACGCUUCCAUGACACUACAGCCAAGUCCCCGCCAUCCUGGCACAGCUGCACGCUUCCAUGACACUGCAGCCAAGUCCCCGCCAUCCUGGCACAGCUGCACGCUUCCAUGACACUGCAGCCAAGUCCCCGACAUCCUGGCACAGCUGCACGCUUCCAUGACACUGCAGCCAAGUCCCCGCCAUCCUGGCACAGCUGCACGCUUCCAUAACACUACAGCCAAGUCCCCACAUCCUGGCACAGCUGCACGCUUCCAUAACACUGCAGCCAAGUCCCCACAUCCUGGCACAGCUGCACGCUUCCAUGACACUACAGACACUUGCUCAGUAAAUUGGCAAAUAAUGACAUGAACACUUCAGUAUAUGAAAGCUUUUUCACAUAGCAAAGUGUAUAUCUGUAUUCCUUGACAUACUGUAACAACUAUUGAUUGGCUUAUCGCUGACAUUAUACAAUGUGUGCUUGGACUUAUAAAACAAUACGCUUCUCUCAGGAACACCCCAUGUUAUAAGAUUUAAAUGAAAACUUGUAUUUUUACAAUAUUUUAUUAUUCAUUAUUGUGCCCUGUUAUCUGUUUCUGCAUUACUUCCACCUACAGAUGAUCCAUACAAAUGUAGACUGUAUGCUUCAGCACCCCACAGAGUGAGGAAGAUGCAACGGCUUUAGCUGCAUUUCCUGCCCUAGCUCCGUUGUGUUGCAGUGGGGGUGAGGACAGCGGUCUGAGAGGCACUUGUCUGUAUAACAUCAGUCUAUAUUCAUUGCCCUUACUGUGAGAAAAGCACUCAUUUAGUAGAUUGGUGUUCAUGCCUUGUUCUUGCUGCUUCAUUCCAUAUAAAGGCAGGAUUUCUCUCGUGUGAUUACAGAGCUUUGUACAUGGCAUGACGGAUGAACUGAAGGCCCACCUCUGUGAUCAUAGUCACAUGGUGGUAUUCAGCUUCUAUUUAUGGGCCGCAUGUCAUUCCUCUGCUGCCUUCCUAAAUCCUGCCCCCCAUAGGCUGUCAUAUUUAUGGCAUACCUGCUACACGAUGAGAUGCAAAGUCUUUGUUAUGUAACACAGUGUGAAUAAACUUUAUUCUUCUGUCUAAAAAAAGAAACCAGUCUCAAUUAAAAUGUUCCGCUCAUAUAUCUGCCCCCCCCCAGAAUUUCUGAGAGGGAGCUACAGUAUGACCCUAAUGCGGUGGCUACUUGUGCACCAGCUUGCCAGGGUGGAUUAUAUGUCACUAAGCCGAGAAGUACUAUUAUACAAUCCACCACUGCUGUAGGCCCAGGUACGUUGUAACCUCUGCUCCCCAGGCCAGGUCCCUUCAGCUCAGUAUAAUAGAAAAAUUUCAGUGACAAUUCUGAAACGUUUUAUUGUAAGACUUGUCAAUUACAAACAUUGGUCAUGUCAUCUUCAUACAUUGGAGACAGGCAGUCAUUUUGUAGACUGUGUUGAUGAGAAUGCAGUAUGUCCAUGCAUUUGUAGAUGAACACUGCGGGCACGCUUCAGACUUGCACACAAGUCCGUUACGUGGACUGAUCUUGCACAGCAUUGUGUAUGCAUCCUAGUCCAGCAUAUGCAACUCUGAGGAACAGCGACUGACAGUCAUACGCAUCUUUGCCUACUCUCCCAUAACUGGCGGGAAGAUUCCUAAAAUAAGGUGGCGCCUGGAAGAGUGGGCAAGUCUCCCAGAGCUGUCUUACGUGGUCAAUAACUUCCUAAGUGAAGUGGGUAGUACUGGCAGCCAAAGGUGCACAUUACGUUGAAACAAGUCAUCAUGGCCCCGUUAUACAAUGCCCCAACACCGCCUGCUUCUGUCGCACCCCCGCAGUUCCCACCUGGCUUUCCACUCCCGGAGGGGGCAGCACAAGGGUUGGCAAGUAUGAUCUUAUCCAUUUCUAUUAGUGGCAGAGUGGGUGUAACUGGUUUGCAACUGGAAAUUCGCACAUACUUAAGGGUGAGUAGGCAUGUAGAUGGAAUUGCGGGUGGAGCUCUGACUGCAGGCGAUCAUAUAUACUUUUUUCCCAUCAUGCAAAUCAGAAAUAGGGUCUUUAAAUGGAUAUUGGCUCCACAACAAUAGCUUCCUCUUCUGUGUAUAUGUAACUAUAUGUAACAGGCGUCAGUUUAGGGGGUCAAUCCUAUUAGCUACGAAGGCAUUUAAACACCCUAUCCCGCAGCCUGGUUUCUGCCUGAAUUUGCUCAAAAUUGCUCGUCGAGCACUUUUGUGUGAAUUCGGCUGUCGUAAAGUGCAGCCACUGCCGCAAUGACUCACAGCCGCUAGAUCAUCGCACCCAAUUGGAUUGACCCCAAGAUCUGAAAUGAAAAAUUCCAUUUACACAGACUAACAUGACGGCAGGAUCACAUAAACACAGUUCAUCUAUAAUGAUUGUGAAUUGUGGUAUAACGACUCAAGAUGAAAUCAUGUUUUUUGGGUUAGUGUCACAGUUAGUGCUGAACAACAACAGGGCAAAUGGGGCGGUCGUACAGGAGCUCCCACACACAGCACCAGCCUGAGGGCACUGUGACAUAUGUGCACUGGGGGUUCUGUGCGGCAUAAUGAGACUUGGGGGCAGUAGCGGCUCUUGCCACGGGGAAGUAGGGUUUUUUGCCUGGGGUGCCGCUGCCCCGAGGGCACUGCCGUGGCAAGAGUUGCUACUCCUGACCCCCUCUCCCCGGCUGCAGCAGGCGCCGUGGGCUGUGUGGGAGCCCGCUGCAGCCGAUGUCGCUGACUGAUGCUAGAGGUCAUAAUUGACCCCUAGUGUCAGUGCGGCGUUGCUAUGAAAGAGACAUCAUGACGUCACUCCCAUAGAGGGGAGCCGGCAGCGGCCAGAGACAGCAGCAGCGGUCCGGAAGCAGGAGCGGGGCUGGUAGGUAUUGUUUUUUUGUUUGUUUUUCUUGUUUGCAAGUGGUGCUACUACAGGGGGCACAACUACAGGGGGCACUGCUACUAGGGGCACAACUACAGGGGGAACAGCUACUGGGGGCACAAGUACAGGGGUAUAAUUGUGGCCACACCCCUAUUUUUGACCGUGCACCAACUCUAUUUUAACGUGGGGGGCGCCACAGGAACCUUUCGCCCUGGGCGCCACAAGGUCUAGAACUGGCCCUGCUUGGGGGCACUACAGUGUGUUUCACACUUUUGUGGUGCUGGAUGUAUUUUACUCAUUAUACUUUUUAAUAACAUCACCAACAAAUCAUAGUGGUAGUUUAAUUAGUGGUGCGCCGAACAAAUUAGUUUCCCUGGGCUCCCCCUCCCAAAAAAAAACUUAGUGGUCUAUUCAUGAAGCAGUGAAAAGUGUGGAGAAGUGAGCCAGUGGAGAAAUUGCCUAUGGCAACCAAUCAGCAUUGUAGUAACAUUUAUCAUUUGCAUACUAUACAAUUGUACGGAGCCACUGAUCGGUUGCCAUGGGCAACUUCUCCGCUUUUUUCACUGCUUCAUGAAUAGACCCCUUAAUCUGGCACUGGAUACUGUGCCAGGAUUUAGUAGACUAGGACUUCAGUAAUGUAGGGUGAGUGAAAUAUCUAAUAUUCCUUAAAAUGUCAAGAUACACGGUGAUAUCCCAGGUAAUGCUACAUAUUUCAUUUUGUAACUUGUUUUGCUGCAAAUGAUCAGUUACGCCUCUACCAGCUCAUCAUGUGCUGGUUCUGUAGAUGCCUAUUCAUUACCAACAGCAAUAGCCCCUUGUUGCAGUGGUGGAUACAAAAAGGAAGCUGAGGGAUUGGUAUGGAUCCCUCUUCAUACUCUGAAACAAGCGGGACUCUGGAAACGGACGUCAUCUUGCAAUAUAGCUUCAAAAUCGUUUUCCAGGGCUUGAUGAAUAAGCGGUGGCCAACGAUGAAUGGGCCCGUUACUUAAAACAUGUGGAAACUGUUGUGUUAUGUUUGCAUCAAUGACCCCUUUGUAUUAAAUGGACUUGCGCAGUACACAGUACUUGCAAAUAGCAACAGUGACAUCUGCAGGUCAUGUGUAUGUACUACAACACACAAGAUGAGCACAAUUAUAAAAGUUGUUUUGUUUUUUACCCAACAUUAAGUGGGAUAUCCAAUUACCGGUGAAUUAACAUCGGGUCAUUUUUCAGACCCUUCAAAAUCCAAGAUAACUGCAGCAGCCAGCAGCAGGCUGGGACAACAGGGAGGGCGCCGCGGCCCAGGAGCCGGCACGUAGCGCUUAACCCCCAUCGUCCCACGCCCCUGGUCACAUGGGGAGCGGUCAUGUGACCGGAGGGAGCCGGCUCUGCAACACUGCACCGGGCGCUGUCAGGAGCCAGCACCCGGUGCAGCAUCAGGUAACCCCCCGAUAAGCCGCCACUCGUGCUGGCUUAUCAGGGCUAAUUAGAUAGCCCCCAGCAGGACAAUUAGCCCCGGUAAACUACCGGGUCUAAUUGGAUAUCCCCAUGUAAAUGAAAAUCUUAAACAUUGUGAUAAAUAUCCUUGGAAUAAUAAGUAAUGCAGUGAAAAUUACUGACACUGUCUUAGAUAGCUUCCCCUAGAUUUGCUUCGCUGUGUCACUCUGAAGUUCUCAUUAAUCUUUGUGUUGGUUUAACCAAUAACUGUCACUUUUCUACUAAAAUGUAAGCAAUCCGUUGUACAGGUUACAGCAAUCUUGACCUGAAAUUCCAUUUUCUUCCCUAAUAGUAAAACCCACAUGAUGUAUGAUGAAUAAAAUGGUUGUUUUCAGCAUUGAUUGCGCUUUGGUUUAGCAUUGCAGCUUGCAGGCAAGGUAGCGGUAACUGUGGCUGUAAGGUGUGUCUGUAUCCUGUGCACCCACAUAUAGAGACAUGUGUUCUGUGGUUUCCCCAUUACAUAUGUAACGUGACUGUUUCAUCAUUUGCAUCUUUUAUUUGAACAACUGAAAGUUUGGUGAUUUCCAUGGUCAGCAAUAAAAACUUCCUUGUAAUAUA